UGUCAAACGUCGCGAAAUUUUCACUGCUCGAUCGCUCCAGAUUUUCGCCUAAAACGACGUGUAACUGUUGCCCAGGAUGGCCAAAAAGAAAGGAGAAGACCAGGACUUUGAGGAGGAGCCCAACUUUGACGACCCAGAAGGAUUCGUGGACGAUGUUUCCGACGAUGAACUGCUGGGGGAUUUUCUGAGGCAGAAGCCGUGCGAAUCGGAUGGGGUAGAAAAUGUGAUCGUGGUUGACAACAUUCCGGUCGUCGGUGCGGCGCGCUUCCAGAAGCUGAACGGCAUCAUCGAGAAGCUGUUCAAGAACGCCGGCACCAUCGUGAACGUGCACUACCCGAAAGAUGAAGAGGAUAACACGAAGGGGUACGCCUUUAUCGAGUACCAGAAUCAGGAUAGUGCGGAAGAGGCGGUGAAAUCGUUGAACAAUCAUCGGCUCGACAAGCACUAUAAGCUGCUGGUGAACCGGUUUUCCGACUUCCAGAAGUAUUCGGAUAUACCGAAAGAAUGGUCACCGCCGCAGCCCCAACCGUACAAGGUGCAGAACGAUCUGUACAACUUCUUGGUGGAAUCGGACGCGCAGGAUCAGUUCUGUGUGGUGUCGGAAACCAUCCCCGGUUCGGUUCAGGUACAGUUUUGUCAAAAUACGCAACCUGAACCGACGGAGCUGCUGAAACGUGAACGCUUCACCGAUACGUACGUCAAGUGGUCCCCGAAAGGCACGUACAUUGUAACGUUCCACAAGCAGGGCGUCAUCAUCUGGGGCGGAUCGAACUUCGUGAAGGUGAAUAAAUUCCCGCACGGUAAUGCACAGUACGUGGACAUCUCGCCAUGCGAACAGUACCUCGUGACGUACGGCCCGAAUGGGCAGAAGAUCGUUAUCUGGGACAUUCGCACCGGUGCAGAGAAGCGCGCAUUCGUUUCCGACGGUACGUCAAACGCGUCGAUGUUGCGCUGGUCGCACGAUGACCGGUACGUGGCCCGUCUAGUGGACAGUCAGAUACAGAUCUACGACACGACCACCUUCUUCCUGCUGGACAUGAAGUCCAUUAAGGUGGAAGGCAUCCGCAACUUUAGCUGGUCGCCAACGGACAACAUCAUCGCCUAUUCUGUGGCGGAAGAAGUGGACGUCCCGGCGAAGGUAACAUUGAUGGCCAUCCCGAAGAAGACGGAACUGCGCACGAAGAAUCUGUUCAAUGUGGCCGACUGCAAGAUACACUGGCAAAAAUCGGGCGACUAUCUGUGCGUGAAGGUGGAUCGGUUUUCGAAGUCAAAGAAGGAGAAAAAAGAUAAGAAGGAUUCGGAUGUGAAAUUCCUCGGCAUGUUUUAUAACUUUGAGAUUUUCCACAUGCGCGAAAAGGACAUUCCGGUCGAUUCAGUGGAGGUUAAGGAAACGAUCCUUGCCUUCGCCUGGGAACCGGUCGGCUCCAAAUUCUCCAUCAUCCAUGGUGAGCCCGCGUCCGCUAACGUAAGCUUCUACGAAACCAACAAAGGCCAGGAGCCGGUGCUGGUAAAGAAGUUGGAGAAGAAGGUAUGCAGCCACCUGUUCUGGUCACCGAGGGGACAGUUUAUCGUGCUAGCCAAUCUGCAGAUGGGAUCUUUCGAGUUUGUGGACACGAACGAUUUCAGCAUCAUGAAAACGGGCGAUCAUUAUCGCGCAUCGGAGGUAGAGUGGGAUCCAACUGGACGUUUCGUUGUGACGGGAACAUCCGGAAAGGCAAAGGAAGACCAAGGCUAUUACAUGUGGUCAUUCCAAGGACGUAUUGUGAAACGUGUGAAUCUGAAGAACUUCAUGCAGUUCCUGUGGCGUCCGCGUCCACCGACCCUGCUGUCGGAGGCGAAGCAAAAGGAGAUACGGAAGAAUUUGAAGAAGUACUACUCGCAGUUCGAGAGCAAGGAUCGUUUGCGAAUGACCCGUGCGUCGAAGGAGCUGAUCGAGAAGCGUGCGAAGCUGCGUGAGCAGUUCACCGAGUAUCGCUCGAAACGCGUCAAGGAAUGGGAGGACCAGAAGAAGCGUCGUAUGCAGUUGCGAAACAACAUCGACACAGACACGCUGGAAGCAGAUCCAGAUAACGUAGAGGAGGAAAUAGUUGAAAUUCUUGUUCGUGAAGAUACCACCAUUAUCGAGUAAUCCGUAGAAGGCAACAACGAGGGCUUUGGUGGCGUCCGCAACUAGCCGUCAACAUUCUACCCUUACGCCGGUGUGACCGCUUUCGUGUUUGGGAGCGCUGUCACACGUGUGGGGAUCUUUUACUGUGGUGGGAGGUACGCAGCAAGCGACGUAAGAAAGUACGGAACUUGUAGAGUAGUUCCGCAUACGCACACGCCGAACAUUUCACUUCGCUUUACUGUUUUAUAAUCCGACGGGACCGUGUGUGCGUGUUUGUGCAACUGGGAGCAAAUAGCUCCUGAAAGUGUGUGGAUUUUGGUUCAAUGGUGUGUUGGAAGAUCCAGUUGAUUCAUACCAAUUAAAUCAGGAAAAGAGCAGAGCAGGAAAGGCAGAGACACAUUCAGGUGCCCUUAUCCCUAAGGUAAACAACAAAACGAAAACGAAGUUCUACGAAAGGAAGCGUUUUGUUGUUCGCAUCUUUAACAGCUUGUUUGGGUAGAGGGUGGCGAACACUGGUUAAAAUUGAGGUGCGCAUUGACAUUAUCGGCCCCAGUCCAGUUUCAUCAUCAGAGGAACGGUUCUAUUUCAGAAGUAGCUUAAAUAACUAAUCCUCAAUAAGAUAAUAGUGUACCAUCAGUUAAUUCGAAAGGCGUACUCUUCAGUAUGAUUAUUAAUAAAUAUAUUAUGCUAUUGUACGAUACAUCAUUGG